AACCAUGUCGGAUGUUUUCAACAUCAAGGUUGUCCUGUUGGUCUCCUUAGAAGCAAUAGUUCGGCACCUUGUAAAUAUCCAUAUUAUGGGAUGCAAUGCAGUCACCAGUGUAAUUGUUCUGAGGAGUAUUGCAACCAUGUCAUAGGAUGUGUCCAUCAACAAGGCUGUCCUGCUGGAUUCUAUGGGAGAAAAUGUGCAGCCUGCAGAUAUCCAAACUAUGGUGAACGAUGUCAGCAAAGGUGCAACUGCCCUAAAGAAUUUUGCGAUCACAUCGAAGGAUGCUGUCCUGAUGGUUUUUGUGGUAGCAAUUGUUCAACCCCUUGUAUAUAUCCUUAUUACGGUGAGCAGUGCAAGUACCAGUGUAACUGUACUGAGGAGUUAUGCGAUCAUAUUACAGGAUGUACAGGACAUCAUGAAUUGUUCACGGUGCCGGGAGAUUUAGAUGAAAAUGUUAACAUAACUAAGAAAACAAUCAUGGAGAAACAUAAAACAGAGUUUGUGAUCGGGAUCUGCAUCUCAGUUGUAUUCGUUGUCGUCUGUGUUUCUAUCAUAAUUAAACUUCGCAGAACAAAGAAAAGGAAAGAAGGUACACCUCAAACUUUAUCAUCAUAUAUGGAGUGUCCAACGCACAACAUGGGGUCUGGUCAUAGUUAUGAAAGUUUGUUUGUCAACAGAAGAAACAAUCCAGAUGCAUACGAAAAUACCCGCUACAGUAACUCCUUCUAAUUCACCAUGUACAAAUCGAUUAAUUUUAAAUACAACUCUUGUUUACUUUUAAACUCUUUAGUACUGCAAAAGAGGUUAUUUAUCUUAUUUUUGGGAGUGAAAUUAAACUAUAAGCAGGAAGGUAAAACAGUGUUUGGACCUAAGCUCAAAUCAUCAUCGAUGAAAGAACUUGGUUUUAUCUUGAAGAUAAACACUAAAUUCGAUGUAGAUGUAAUGUACAGUAGCAUUAUUUUUCAAGGAAACUUAUAAAUACCUUGUGAACAAUCAGCUUUCAAAUGAUACGAACGAUUUAGAUAUUUUUUGCAGUUGUAUGUAUUCCUAGGCCAUAGUUCUAUGAGACUUGUUCACUGUCAGUGAUUACCAAAGCGCAAUUUCUACAGCGGUUGUGUUUGGAAUUAAGGGCAGACUAUCCAAUCUAAAGAAAGAACCAGUACUGAUGCAGACAAGUCCUAUUGUUUUUGUAUUUUUUUUUGAUAAAAAAAUUUCUUUGAUGCAAUUUUCUAGAAGUUGUUCGAUUACUGAUUUAACGUUGAGUUUCAUGGAGUUAAUUAUAUUUAUUAAUUUUAAACAACAUCAUUCAUAUGAGGUUUUUCGUCUUCUGCUUGGAAUUCUUGUCUGAAAAGCACGAGAAUUCAUAAAAGAUUAAAAAAUUUCGUAAUUAUUGAAAUACAGCAAAGAUGCCAUGCAAAAUUACAAUCGUUGAUUUUGAAAUGAAUAAUAAUAAAUAAAUCAACUCCCGUCAUUACUAUAGUACUUUAAUUCACUAAUGUCAGAUAAUAAUGCCGUUGCCAAGCCUUCAUUUUGCUAUCUUUCUAGUUGCAUUUUGUAACAUUCUAAAAACUAAUUACAAAAGCAAUACUGUAUUAUUCAAAGAUAUGACAUUCUGAUGCAUUUCCUGGAUUUUUGGUCUUUUUAUUGUCAUUUGUUUAAGUCGGCUCUUUUCGAGGAAAUUAAACAUAUGUUUAUAAAUACUAGGAUAACAUGCAUUGAUUUGACUUAUUUUAAUCAAUUUAUUAAUUAAUAUUUUAAUUUUGAUAUAGUUUUAUAAAAAAAACGUGGAAAUGAAUCAAUCUUUAAUUUUAAAAUAAUUAUAAUAUGUGAAUUUAGAAUUUACAGUACCGAUCAGACCCAACCUAACAGAAAGUAAACAACAACUAACCCUGGGUUUACUAGAGUGGACCCAGGGUAAACCCAGAGUAAACCCAGAGUGGACACAGAGAGUAAACCCAGUUAUAAGUAUACCCCUUAAAAACAGACGCUUACUGUGUAUUCGGAAUAUAGAAGGGGCAGAAAUUACAGGCAGUAGGAUGGUAAGAUAAAAGACGGGUCUGCUUCACACUUCAGUGCGUACUGUUGACCUUAAAUGCAAUAUCCAAGUAAACCCAAAGUAAACCCCGAGUAAACCCAAAGUAAACCCGAGUGGACCCAAAUUUUCAAAAAGUAAACC